CCAACAUCAACUACGAUAGGGCUCAGUCUAGCGGUAACCAGCCCCGAAGAUCGCAAGUAGGGGGCGCAACUCGUAGAACGCUGGGCAGGAGAUCAGAGUCUUCUAGUAUUGCAGCCCAGGCUUCGCAGAGUCGUCUAAUUGCGGACACUACACUGGCACUGCGAACAAAGAAGAGAAAGAAUACUACAAGACUAGAAGUAGGAGGUGAUAGAAGUUCCACAAGGGCGUCAUCACCUGGAGGAGGCGCAUCAUCUGCGGCCAGUGUGGCAUCUACGUCACGAAAAUUUGCGUUGAGGCCAGAAGUUUUGUUACAACAGCGCCCCCACGAACAGGGUCAGGGCCACGAGUUGGAGGAUCGUUUGGCAACAUCACAAGCACGGCGACCGCUUGAGGAUAUGCCAGGCAUGACGUCGGACCAUUUCGAGACAUCGCCAGAACGAGAAAUUUUCAGAAUGACAUCUUCAGCGAAGAAGAAGACGAACCCUCUUUCGAAGAAGAAGAAGAAGAUGGGCGCAUCACAAGAAGAUGGCGCCUCUUUCGAAGGAAGGGCUUUCUCACAUCCGACCAAGACUGAAGGUGUUGCCGAGGGACAAUCUGCAGCUACUGCUGUGGAGCAAUUUAGUACUGUGUCUGUCGAAGCGCCGGAG